AUGUGCAAGAAGCACCACGUUCUGCUGGACAUGUUCUGCAGGAUGGAUAAAGAGAGCGUUUGCCGGCUUUGCGUCAGUGAAGACCACGAGACCCACAUCAUGAGGUUGAAGUGGAUUUGAAAGCACUUCGUAGACGUAACUCUGGAUCCCGACACCGCACACUGUUUGCUCACUUUAUCCGACAAUGGGAAGCGAGGUCAAGGAAGGCAGUGGCAAAAGAGGCCUUCCAACCCUAAAAGGUUCACGGUUUUACUGGGUCAUCAGUUGCAGCAAAGGAAGGGCUUCUCCUCUGGGAGGUUUUACUUUGAGGUGCAAGUCGAAGGGAAGGAGAAGUGGGCUGUCGGAGUUGUUAAAGAGUCCGCAGACAGAAAGAAAUGGUUCUCGGUGUCACCAGAACAUGGAUACUGGACGAUAGAACUGGGAGGCGGUUACAAAGCCAACAUGAGUCCGCCUGUCUUCCUCUACCCACGGAAACUGAAGAAAGUUGGGGUGUUUGUGGAUUACGAGGAUGGAGAAGUGUCUUUUUACGACACUCAGGGCAAAUGUCACAUCUACUCAUUCACCGGCUACACUUUUACAGAAAAACUCUACCCGUCCUUACAGUGUGGCAUUGAUGACAGCGUGCCGUUGGUCUGAAUCCCUGUGAAUCUUGGGGACUAGGAUCCAUCAGUGUCAUUCUACCUGUAUUUACUGCCAACAAAUUCCACUAUAAACACCAAUAGUGCAUCAGUUUGCCUCUCUGGAACAUAGAUCUUUAAAAACACUCAACAAUGAGGACCUCUAGUUUUCCAUCAAACGGGGGAACAUUUUGUUUGGGAUGAUUGUCGGCUGCAAAUGAAUAAACCAUUGUGAGUAAUUUACGGCAUCAUUCAGGACGAGGUAAAUGUGUUUAACAGAAAUUAAAUGGCAGUGCUCAUGUUCACGGUCGCCCACUGCAGUCAUGUGUCUUUUUGUUGUGUUAUUAAUAGUUUUUGGACAACAAUGGAGCUUUAUGACACAAAGGAAUGAGACAUUUGGGGAUGUGGGAUUUGUUGACAAUAAUUUUUUUUAAUAAAAGAAAAAUUGCAACCUUA